GUGGUCAACUAAAAUACAGCUUGUACCUUAAGUAUCUACAUUUGCUGCAGCAACAUUGAGGGAGAUCCAGAGAACAGGGACACUUAUAUUGAGCAACCUGCGUGUGACCUGUCCUCGGGACUGUAAGCAGAAUCCACUUUGGAAGUAGAAGAGAAACCAUGUGGAGCUCACAGGACGGCGAUGGCGGCCAAUUCGGUCAUGUGACCGCACGGAUGGAAACCACCCCGGGCUUCGGGAUGCCUAGCAUCUCUGUCUCCCAGCAGCAGGUGCCCAAGAAGUUUGCCCCGGUGGUCGCCCCCAAGCCGAAGUUUAACCCCUACAAGCAGCUGAGUGAGUCUGCGCAGUCGGAAGGUGACUAUCCCCUACCACUGCCACCCAUGGAAGACUUUCCCCUGCCCCCCCCUCCAGCUGAUGGGGCCUCCUUCAGUGUGCAGGUGAAAGGACCAGAGAAGACCCUGGAGGAGCGCCGUUCCAGUUUGGAUGCUGAGAUUGACUCCCUCACCAGCAUCUUGGCAGACCUGGAGAACAGUCCCCCCUAUAAGCCCAGGCCCCCACAGAACUAUGGGACUGGCCCCACCUCCGCACCAGUCAUCGGACACAAGAGCAUGGUGAUUCCCAACCAGCCUCCCCUGACGGCAACCAAGAAGUCUACAGCCAAGCCUCAGACCCCAACUGCCUCUCCAAGCACGACUGCCAAGCCCCAGGCCCAGCCCCAGGCUCAGCCCCAGCCCCAGGUUCAACCCCAACCCCAGCCUGUUCCAGCCUCCUAUACCACUACCUCCACCCCCAGUCGACCAGCCAUCAAUGUCCAGGUGAAGACUGCCCAGCCCAGCCCCCAUUACAUGCCCCCGGGCCCCCCCCAGCCCCCUCACCAGUUCCCUUAA